AUGCUCCAACCAAUCCGUACGACCUUUCGAAGCGCCGCCCAGGGCGCCCGCUUAUUCUCCACAUCACGAGGCCUCCGAACAGACCUGUCCUACCAGGUGUUUGGGCCCGAGAAAGCCGAUGUUAUUGAUCGGAGUCCCAUCAUCUUCCUUCAUGGGCUGUUCGGCUCGAAGCAGAACAACCGGGGUAUUAGCAAGGCACUGGCACGUGAUCUGAAACGUGAGAUCUUCACUGUGGAUCUCCGAAACCAUGGCCAAUCCUUCCACGCCCAAGAACACAACUACUCCGUCAUGGCCGAAGACGUGAUCAAGUUCAUCCAGCAGCUGAAGCUAGACAAGGCCGUUCUGAUCGGCCACUCGAUGGGCGCCAAAACCGCCAUGACAGUUGCCCUCGAUUCACCCAAGCUAGUCUCGGCUCUUGUACCGGUUGACAACGCCCCCGUGAAUGCACCCCUGAAGAGCGAUUUCGGCCUCUACGUUCGUGGCAUGCAGCAUGUCGAGGCUGCUAACGUGACGAAGCAAUCCGAGGCUGAUGAAAUUCUUAAGGGAUAUGAGGAGUCCCUCCCCAUCCGCCAAUUCCUCCUCACCAACCUGGUCCGCUCGACAGAAGACCAAACCAUGAAAUUCCGUGUCCCGCUCGCCGUCCUUGGCGAAGCCAUUCCCGGUAUGGCUGAUUUCCCGUACCGGGAGCCGGGAUCUGUCUCGUAUGAGGGCCCUACGCUGUUUGUGAGGGGCACGAAGAGCCGAUAUGUGAGCGAUGAGUCGGUGCCGACGAUUAAGAAGUUCUUCCCCAAUGCUAGCGUUGCGGAUGUGGAGGCCGGGCAUUGGUUGAUUUCGGAGAACCCGGAAGGGUUCAGGCAAGCUGUUCUGAAGUUCCUUCAGGAGGCUCCUUGA